AUGUCCGACAGCCUACCGCCUCCUCCAGAAUUAGAUCCUGUUUAUGCGGCAGAGACCCGACAGCCGCUGUUCUACGGAAUCACAUUUGCACUUCUAAUAUGCUCCCUAGCUGUCGUUAGUUUAAGAUUCUACUGUCGUGCCGUCCUCAUUAGGAAAAUUGGCCUCGACGAUUGGCUUAUUCUCGUGGGAUUGGUACUCGCCUGGGUCUUAGGAGUUCUCAACUAUUUCCAUGUUUCCCACGGAACUGGAAAGCAUAUCGAGACUAUUAUGUUUGAGUGUCCCAAACCUAGCAUGUCGUGGUCUGUGACUUUCCCAACAGGCUGUAUGAACCUCAGCGUUCUAUACUAUACCAGUGCUUCAAUCAACAUUCUCACCGACAUACUUAUCUUGUGUCUCCCGAUACCCGUUCUAAUGACGAUUCAAAUCCAAAAACGGAAAAGAAUCGCGUUAGUCGGAAUCUUCUUCAUCGGUUUCAUCGCGGUACUCGCAAGUGUUAGUCGUAUUUGGGCACUUUGGCUUUACCAGAAUACCAAGGACGUUUCGUACGAUGCGAUUUUUAUCCUGCUUUUCUCAAAUAUCGAAAUUAACCUCGCGAUCAUUACUGCCUCCGCGCCACCACUCCGACCGUUAUUCAAGGGCGUCUUUAAAUCCUCUUCAUACGGACACUCAUACGGAUACCCAACCCGUUCGAACGAUGGCUGGACUGGAAGAUCAAGAUCCGAUGGCGGUGUACAGUUAAGCAGAUUGGGUGUCAGCGACGAUACUAGACGACAGACCAAGAUUCGUGGAGGAAAAGAGGGCCACACUCGGAACGAAAGCGAGGAAGAAAUUGUGGCGAAGAACUCCGAUGGAAUUGUCAGGACCAGAGACAUCAACGUCACUAUUACAAACCAGCAGAGUACUGAAUCUUUACCGGUUUAA